AUGGGAACUGGAGCUCUGGAUAAAUCUGCUGAAGCCGCAAGGUUAUUGCACUUAAGCGAAUAUUCUCUUUCUCUCACCACACUCCUCUUUCAGUGGAAUAACACCAACAAGGGCUAA